CGAAAUAGGCGUGAAAUGUCAAUAUUUUUUUAUUGUAUCAACUUUUUGAGCCCGAGAACGCCCAGUUAUGAGAUAGGCAAUCAUCUUCUGUAAAACUAAACCACUGGAUGCAACAAAAUCUUCGUGGACAGAUUUACCUUCGUGUGAGCUUCCGUCCUUUCCGAUAGAUUCGUUUUAUAAUUCUUUUUAAAUGUUACCCAUCAACUAGUUCUUUUAUUAAUCGAUGCUUUUUAUUUCCUAGCGAUCCGGCAGCACUGGACGCAUAUCUUCGAUCACCUGAUAAAAAUUCUACAUCAUCACAACUUCAUCAACAAAUCUCAUCACAAAAACUCGAUAAAUCCUUGCCAGAUUCAAUUCAAAAACAAACAUAUCCGUCCUCAUCGAAUACAAUGCCAAAUUCGAAUGAAAGACGUUAUGAUCAACGCGUAUAUUCAGUUGGUCAAUCACAGCAAGAGACAAAAUCGAACUAUACUUAUAAUACAAAUAAUACUAACAACAAUACGAACAACAAUAUUCAAAUAACUCAGAAUACAUUCAAUAUAAAUAACAAUGCGCCUCAAUUUUCUUCAACAUCUGCACCAAUUUCAAAUCCAACUCCGAACAAUAUUAUUGUUUUGAAUCAACAAAAUCAAUUUCCUCCACAACAACAACCAACUGUUCAAUCAGAUCAAGCUUUUGGCAAUGUACUCAAUCAAAUGAUUGGCUCACAAACGAAUGUUAACGUUAUUCUAAAUCAAACUGUUAUUCAACAACCAUUGCCAAACCAGUCAACGCAACAACCUCAAGCAGUCACAAAUGCUUCUUCUUCCCAACAAAUGGUUGCAAUCAAUAUUAAUGGGCAACAAACUCUUAUACCAUUGAGUAUGCUUACAAAACUUUUACAACAAAAAUGUAAUAAUAACAACACCGCUAAUGCAUCAGUAUCACAACCAACAUCUAGCCAACCAUCUCAACAGCAACAAGGGGUCAAGUAUGGUUUACAACAAAUGUCAGCUUCGCAGCCACAAGCAGCUACGUCUCCACAACAAUUACAACCGCAAAUCAACGGCGUAAUAUCAAAUAGUGCAUCUUUUAGCGGUAUAGAACAGCAGAAAUUAGUUGAUUCUUCUACUGUUCAAAUUCAACCAUCAAUUAAUCAGUCAUUCGUAUCGCCGCAGCAAACAUCACAUAAUGGCACUAAUAACAAUCAUCCAAUUGUCCAUUACGUACAGCAAAAUGGAAUUGGACAAAAUGCACCUAACGGCUCGAUAAUCAUUCAGAAUGAUUCUAACAGUUUACAACGUUUCGCAACGGUUACAAAUCCAGUUAGCACUAAUAAUCUUCGUUUUAUAAGCCCAGUCGCAGAUACGAGACCAGUAAUUAACAACACCUCACAACAAUUCAUAUCUCCAACAAAUUCUUUACAACAAUCUCAACUUCAAACUCGUACAGUAACCGUUUCUCAUAAUCAUCAACAACAACAGCUCAAAGGUAAAAUUCAUUCACAAGCAAAUGGUGGUAUCGUUCUGCAAUUGAAUCAGAAUGAUCCCAUAACAACAACACCAACGUCAACGUCUUCACCACUUGUUUUGACACCGGUAACGCAACAACAGCAACCUCGUAUCGUCUUUGCGACCACAUCGAACGGACGAAAACAAAUAAUCUGUGAUAAUAAAACAACAAAUAUUGUCAAUUUGGCAAAUUUAAAAUUUUUACCAGCCGAACAACAUCAAUCAAAUGCUAUAGGUUCAACUCCAGGUUUAACUUCUAAUAUCAUUAAAUCUAAUAUUUUAUUGAGUUCAUCAGAUAUACCAGGUUCGACACGUACGAUAAAUGGUAAUAUAAAUGAUAUAAACUCUACCUUAAGUUCGGUAACAACCGUUGCUGAUUUAUCCACAGAAUUAUUUAAUGAUUUACAAACACGUGGUAAAGAACCGGAAAUGGCUAUAAUUAAAAUUGAUGAAUAUUUGAAAAAAUUGCAAAAUCAAAAUACUCAAUUCACCGAUAAAGACCAUGAAUUUUUCAAACGUAUUAGAAGAUAUCGUGAAAUAUUGAAUAAUGCCGUUGAACAAGCGAAACUAGAUGGACAACAUCGAAAACGUUUAUUAGAUGUUUCAUCAACGUUAAAUACUCUUUCAUCUCAACGUUCAAUACCGACAACAUCAUCAACAGUAGGAACAGAAGUAACCGUAGGAGAUCAAGUACACAACCAUGGAACAGUAGUAGUCACACAAGCAACAUCAUCUUCAAAAUCUUUACUUCCAAACAUAAACAAUAAUAUCACCGUUGCUACAACGUCAUCAUCAUCAUCCUCUUCGCCUACAACAGUUAUUCACUUGCCAAUAGCUAAACAAAAUGAACUACUAAAUAACAUAUUAAAAAAAUUAAAAUUUGUUAAUUUAGCCGAUUUACAAGCCCAUGGUAUAUUACCUAUUGAACUUAGUUGGGAACAAAAAAUUUAUAUUUAUAAACUAGAUAUGCAAAUUGGUCAACUAGCUGUCGAUAAACAACAGCAAUUUAUUCAAUCCCAACGUGAUCUUGUGCCAAAAUAUCUUUCAAAACACAUCGGAACAAAUGCAUCGACAACAUUAAGUAUUAAUUCAAAGACGAAAAUUGUUUUUGGGGUUCCAUCUACUACCACAAAGUCACUGCGUAUUACAAGUGCAGAUUUAAUAAAUCAACAAUUGAGGAAAGAUCAUAAUGGUGUAUUAAAUCCUGAUUUUAAAUCAAAAUUUUUCAAUCAUGCCGAUGCAAUUAAACGUUUGACACGCUAUCAUGUUUAUCAAAAACAAUCACCAAAUGAUCCAACGAUAGAAGAUUGUGAACAAUUUAAUGAAUCAUUCGAAUCUGUAUCAUCCGACUUAUUAACAUCAAUACAAAAUUUAAAAGAAAAAUAUUCAAAAUUUCAUUUUUCGAAUGAUCAAUUUGAUAAUCAUGUAUACGAUUCAUAUAUCUUGGACAAAUUGCGUUAUGAUGAUAUGAAAGAAGAAUUUGAAAAUGAAAAAUUACAAUCAAAUGAAAGACUGAGGAAACAUUUUGCAGCUGAUAUUCAAAAUACUCCUACACCCGUUUAUACAUCACCAUCCGCAAAUCAACAAACUCAAUUGAAUGUUACACAUUGUUCAACUACAAGUGAAAUUGAUGAUUUUUUAACUUCGUUGAAUUCUACAUCAGAUUAUCUAUCUGGCACAUCGUCACAAGAUUUUAUUGAAAAUAAUUUAUUUAAUGAUGUAUUAUUAGAUCAAAAUACAACUGUUCCAUCUUCUGAUUCCUAUCUUUCAUAUUCGACUGAUACAAAUCAAUUUGAUUUAUUUGAUAUGGAUACGACGAGUUCAUCAAACACAACAGCUGUUGAUGAAACUCAAUUAGCUAUUAAUUCUAUAAUGGGUAUUGAUCUAUUUCAUCCAUCACAACAAUCUUCUUUAACAACUAGUACAACAAGUAGAAAUACUCAAUUGACAAGUAGUAUAUCAUCUACAUUAGAUAAAACGUUUGAUGAUCAGUUUUAUGAUGAUAUUUCAAAUACAACAUUAGAUGAAGAUGCAUUAGCUGUACAAAAUUUAUUAGGUUAUUCUUAA